AUGUCGGCGACACGGCGCGGUGUGGCACGGCUGGAGGCGAGUGGCGCUCUUUUGUCGCGAGAGCUGUACUUUAAUAAACAGCGGAUACGCGCCCAUUGUGCACCUUCGGCGUGUGGUUUGUACGUACAAGCCGAACACCAGCGACAUAUUGCACGUGUUUCAGUCUUAACACACUGUGAUAAGGUGUACAUUCACAUAGCCGAGGGUUGUCGUUGCGCUGAGGACACAAAAGGCGUGGGACAACAGGCCGCAGCACAAGUUUUAAUUAAUCCGCGUGAAGCGACCGGUGCCCUCCACAACUCACCCUCCCGCUCGCAUCAGGAAGUGGUCAACAUUUUUUCAGAAACCCUUGAAUAA